AUAAAUGAAUGUGCUGAUAAUAAUGGUGGAUGUCAAAAUGGUUGUGAGAAUACUAUUGGUAGUUAUAAAUGUGCAUGCAGACCUGGAUUUAAAUUACAUGCAAAUAAAAAAGACUGUAUAGGUAAGACCCCGUCCGAUUUUUGCAAAUAA